AUGCCGAUGACCCUUAUUCUGAUUGUUGAGAUUUUUGAUGUUUGGGGCAUCGACUUCAUGGGCUGCUUUCCACCAUCUUUUGGAUUUGAAUACAUUUUGGUGGAUGUGGACUAUGUCUUUAAGUGGGUUGAGGCAGUGGUCACCAGAACGAAUGACCACAAAGUUAUGGCAUUAGUGUGCAAAUACAUGAUCACUCACAAAGUUGGCACUCCCUAUCAUCCCCAGACUAGUGGUCAAGUAGAGGUUUCUAAUAGGGAGGUUAAACACAUCCUCGAGAAAACUGUGAGACCCGAUAGGAAAGAUUGGUCUACCAGGUUGGUUGAUGCACUUAGGGCCUAUCGCAUUGCAUAUAAGACACCCAUCGGGAUGUCUCCAUAUAGGAUUGUGUUCAGGAAACCAUGCCAUCUCCCUGUUGAGUUAGAACACCGGGCUUUGUGGGCCAUUAGGAAGUUCAAUUUUAAUAUGGCCAAAGCCGGUGACCACCGGAAACUCCAACUUAAUGAGUUAGAGGAGCUUCGCAAUGAUGCAUAUGAGAGCUCCAAAAUUUACAAGGCUAGGACUAAGGCAUUUCAUGAUAGACACAUUUCUCAUAAGUCGUUUGAGCCUCACCAAAAAGGGUGGCUGUUCAAUGCCAAAUUACGUUUGUUCCCGGGUAAACUCCGGUCUCAGUGGGAUGGCCCAUAUGAGGUUAUUAAAGUCUUUCCGCAUGGGGCUGUUGAGAUUAAGAAUCUACAAGAUGGUACGACCUUCAAGGUCAAUGGCCAAAGAUUGAAACAUUUUGUGGAUGGUAUUGAGAAAGGGGAGAUGAUUGAGGUUAUCCACUUGACGGACCCAAUAUAUCUUCCAUAG